AUGGGUCGCGUUAGAACCAAGACAGUCAAGAGGUCCGCCAAGGUCAUCAUCGAGCGCUACUACCCCAAGUUGACGCUCGACUUCGAGACCAACAAGCGUCUUUGUGAUGAGAUCGCUAUCAUUGCCUCCAAGCGUCUUCGCAACAAGAUCGCUGGUUACACCACCCACCUUAUGAAGCGUAUCCAGCGUGGCCCUGUCCGCGGUAUCUCUUUCAAGCUGCAGGAGGAGGAGCGUGAGCGCAAGGAUCAGUACGUUCCUGAGGUCUCCGCUCUGGAUGUUUCCCAGACCGAGUCCGGCCAGCUCGAUGUCGAUGCCGACACCAAGGACCUCCUCAAGUCCAUGGGCUUCGACAACCUCAAGGUCAACGUUGUCAACGUCUCCCAGCAGCAGGUUCAGGAGCGCCCCCGCCGCUUCCGGUAGAUACGCGCACCCUCGGGCCUCAAUGAAAAAAGUUAAUGAUUGUCUUCGGUCGGUCUAUGGCGUGCUCAAUCAUGCUUGCUCUGGCUGGCUUCGCAGCUAUCAUGUAGCCU